GAAUGCUGAGUCCUGCAUUGCUCAAAGUGUCACUCAAUCGAAGAAGCUCCGCUCCUGUACCACAAGAUGAGAAAAUGAUGUUCCAUUCGCGAAACCGGGCUGCAUCAUAUUUGCAGCCGAUGAUAGAAGAUCAGGAAUUGAUUGGAUUCAACAGAGAUAGAAGAAGAAGUUCCGGCUCAAUAAUCGUCGACAGUUUUGAACUCGGAAAUGCUUCGCCAAGUCGCCGCGGUUCAAUUGCAUCUGGCAUUCCAAUGGACAAAAAAACCCGACGGAAGCUGUCAAAUCCGGUAUCUCUUCAUCAAUACACAGAAGAUCCAACACUUGCAUGGGAAAUGCUGAAAGAAAAAAGACCAGUGAAACCAGUUCGUCAGAUGAGACUUGAUACUCCAGUAAAACCAGAUCAUGUGAGAUUUGUAUGUAUUGGAUGUACACAUGGAGAACAAUUUGAUAUAUCAAAACUCCCACCUGGAGAUGUUCUCCUCGUGGCUGGAGACUUCACAUCAUGCGGUCUUCCAAAUGAAGUUCACAAUUUUAAUAAGUUACUUGGAAAACUGAAAUACUCUUACAAAGUGGUGAUAGGUGGAAAUCACGAAUGCACAUUUGACGACACAUUUUUGAAAUUGAAACAAGAGUCUGAACCAAAAGAAAUGGCACUGAAACAAGCAUUGUUAUCAGCAAUUCAUUCUGAUUCAAAGGGUGGAAUUUCAGCGAAAGAUUUGUUAUCAAAUGCAAUUUAUUUGGAGGAUAAUGUAAUCGAACUGUUUGGAAUCACAAUUUAUGGAACGCCAUGGCAACCAAAAGUAGACAAUUGGGCAUUCAAUCUCUCUCGUGGACAACAACUAUUGGACAAAUGGAACCUGAUCCCGGCGGGCGUUGACGUGCUUUUAACUCAUACACCUCCACUUGGACACGGCGAUAUGAUGAACAAUGGACAGAGAAUGGGAUGUGCCGAGUUGUUGAACACAGUUUUCAAGCGGGUUCGACCAAAGUAUCACGUUUUUGGACACAUUCAUGAGGGCUACGGAUGCACAACUGAUGGAUAUACAAAGUUCAUUAACUGCUGCAUGUGUAAUGAAAAUUUGGAUUUAAAGAACGAGCCAGUAAUAUUCGAUAUCCCAGUGCACCCUCACACCAAACAAUUCUACAUUCAAAAUGUGAAGAAAAUUCAUAAAAGAUUCCAAAAGAAGAAAUAAAUUAAAUUCCUCUCACUGUCACCUCUGUGUCAUUUUGUAGUUAUAAUUAUACCACCACUUUUUAAUUUUUUUUGCUCUUUUUCCACACCACGACCAUCAUCAUCUAUUUUUCUCACUCAUUGAGCCCUCCUCCAACCCCAUAAGAACAAAAUAAUAUCCCAUCCGGAAAUGAGUCUUUAUGAACUCGAUGCGCAGUCAACAGCACCACAAAAAGAGCAAGAGAAGGUUGAUUGUGCUUCUGCUGCGACAGCUUCUGCAACUGCUUCUUCUCGUCUUCCAAUUCUUCUUCUUUCACCAAAAUUGCUCCCGCUAACCAGCAAUAAAACAUUCCAAUUUG